UAUGGGGAUGGGAAGCAGUCCGGUCUGUCCCUGCUGGCUCUUGGCCGCCUUUCUAAUCAGCUGUAAGCCUGUGCAAUCCCAGUGGACUCCGGGUCUCGGCCGGGGGAGAGGCAGGGAGACGGGGUGCGAGGAUGGAAUCGUGGCAGCUGGGAGGCAGUGGAGGAGCCCAGUACCCUGGAAGAGUUCAGCAGGAGCUGCGGCACAGUGAGCAGCGCAGGAUGGAGUUGCAGAAGAUGCUCAUAACCCUGCAUAGAUACCAGCACCUGAUGCGUGUGUCCGAGCUGCAGGCUCAGUGGCGCGAGGUGAGCGAGAGAGAGAGGAGAGCACGACUCCGCAACCAGCAGCUGCUCCGAGACUUCCAGAGAGUGGAGGAGGCCAUGGGGGAGCUCUCCGAACACAAUGCCGCCAUGAGCAGGAUACGGACAGAGUAUGAGAGACAGCUGGAGAAACGCUUCCCUCGCUGGCAGAAGAAGCUGGAAGAGAAAUGGAGAGCAGCACAGCAGAACAAACAGCAGGCCGAAUGGAGCUCUGAGCCAUAUGUCCUGAAGCCCGCACUGCAUAACUUUGUACCAGGAGGGGAGAGCUGGAGAGAGGGUGUGCCCAACCCUAGAGCUGGAGCCCCACAGCAUUCAAACACAGGCCUGGCAGGGAGGAGCUACAUCCAAAGCCUCAGUAAUCACCAGGUUCCUUGGCUGGGCGACUUCCUGGCCAAAACUAACCCCUUCCAGAAUUACGGGGUAGCCCCUUCAGCUGACCCCCUAGCUCAGGGUGGACCUGGAAGGGAGGCGAUCAACGACCCAAGAAGAAGGUUCCAAUCCCUGCAGGAACCAGCCAGCUACCUCUGCCAGCAGAACGCCUUCCAGUGGGAUUCCCCAUUGGAUUCCCCUCACGUUGGGCAAACAAAUCCCAAGAUCCCUUUCCCAUCAGGAUUGGGAGGAAGGCUGGGCAGGCAGAGCCGGGUGGAGGCGGAGCGGGCUGCCAGGCCGAGGGCUUCCCCCAGCAGUGGGGACUCCGCAGCAGAGAGAGGCAGCAGAAGAUCCAGCCGGGCGACCAAGCCAGCGGUGCUUCAGGAGACGCUGCCCAGAGCAAAGAGGUGGGAGAGGAUGGCUUCAGAGCCCCACGAACUGGAUGUGAAACCAGUGCGACUGUUGUCCGCUGGAGUGGACCUGAGUGAGAACAGCUCUGUCAGCGGCGACACAGGAAGUGAGCAGUCCUGGAGGGUCAGGGAGAGGAAGAAGGAGAGAAGGAAUGCUGGGAAAGGGCGGACAAGCCGGGAGGAAUCCAUUUCAGAGGAAAGCAUUUCAGAAGCGUCUCAGCAGCCACCUGAAGAAUAUGGACAGCUGGCUUCAAGCAAUGGAAACUCCAGGAGUGAGAAAAGAGUGUCAGAGAGAGGUCUGGAAGAGUGGGAUAAAAAGGGACGUCCCGUGAAUAUCACCACAGCAUUCCCUGGGACCCAAACCAGAACGCCGUCCAGGUCGGAAUCGGAAGAAUCAGAAAAACUGGGGAGGAGGGACAGUCAGGAACAGGGAGAAAUCUCUUUGGAGAAGGAAGCAGCACUCGUGAAUGGAAGGAUUGUCUCCAUGGGGAGGGAAGAGAAAAGGGGAGAAGGAAUCAGGGAGGAGGGGGAUAGCUUGGGGACAGACGAGGAGGGAGAGGCAGUUUAUUCGGGAGAGGAACAGCUGGAUCCGGUGGAGCCGAGCCGGGAAUCCUGUCUGGGGAAUAUUAAGGAUGGGGGAGUUGGAGAAGAUUUGGCAUCUCCAGUUGCCAUGGCGGUUGUGGAUUCUGCCAAGGCAAAUACUGAGGAAGAGCCGGAAAUAGGAUGCAAGGAUAGCGAGGCAACCAGAGAGGUAGAGGAGAUGGAAAUGGGGAAGGAGAGCGAAAUGUUCGGAGAGGAGCCGUCAGGGGAUGAGAGUGAAGGCAGCGGGAAGGAGGAAGGAGGGAGACAGGGGGGAGAGGGGCAAGAGGAGGGAGGAGGGGAGGAGGAAGGGAGCGAGGAGGAAGAGGAGCCCGAGGAAUCAGAGGAGGGGGAAGAGGAGGCAGGCGAUGAGGAGGAAUCGGAGGAGGAGCGCUCGGGAGAAGAGGAGGAGAAGGAGGAAGUCCCGGAGGAGGAGAGGAGUGGAGAGGGGUGCGAUGGAACAGACUCCGAGGAUGAAAUUGUCGCCUCGCGGAACAGGACAAUGCCUUCCGAAUCUCUAGGGGAGCAGAUUGAUGCAGAGGUGCAGUUGGACAGGACUGGAGGAGCUGCGCUGGCUGUUUCUGACGAAGGGGGAGGAGGGACAGAGAGCAGCGAUGAGGAGGGGGAGCGAGGGGGGAGCGAGGCCGUCGAGAGCGAGGGAGAGGAAGAGGGGGAUGAGAUAGAGGCCCUGCUGGCUCCACGUGAAGACAACACCGAUGAGAGGUUCCCCGGGGUGUCUAGAGCUGAUGAGGAGUCCACACGGAGAGGAGAUGGAAGGAUCGGGGAGGAGAAGGAGACUCCAGCCCAGUGCAGCCCAGCACAGACCCAGCUGGAAGAGCACAUGGAGGGGGGAGAGCAUCAGAGGGUGAAAAAUGAAAAAAUGUUCCUUGUCAAACCCAAAGAGCUGUGGAGGAACUCAGAGGACAGUGAUUUGGGGACGGACCCCUCCCCUCGCCCCCCCCACACGGAGCCGGCAGGAGGGGGGGACGAGUUUGACGACUUUUAUGACUGAGAGAGAGCGCCAAGGAUCCGCAACGAGAGGAAAACUCUAGAGAGCUGCUCACAUCCACAGGGUCUGACACAGGGCAAGCCCACAGCCCUGCAGAGCUGCUGUAGAACCGGGGGAGAGACUUCCUGUGAGCCAGCGACUACAAAAAGGGUUAGGGGCCACGACAGGGUGUAUACUAGUGGUUCCCUGACGGGCUUUUGAGGGGCUCCCGAGGGCCACAGCACAUACAGAAAAAUUUUCUCCAACUCUGUUACCUGACAAAGCAGUGUUCCACAGUACUGAAUUAUUUGAUCUUGCCUGGAGAAUCCUAAUUGCCAGGACUGAAGAGCCUUUCUCAUUCCGUUUAAAUCAUGUGACAGCCUUUUAAGACUGCUAGCCCUACCUACUCUCUGUCUGUAUAUAAAUGUGGGUGCGUGCGUGUGUGCGUGUGUAUGUGUGUGCAUGCUGCGCGUGUGUGUGCGUGCUGCGCGUGUGUGUGCGCGUGCUAUGUGUGUGUGUGUGUGUGUGUGUGUGUGUGUGUGUGUGUGUGAAUGAUUGCAAACACCAUAAACAGUCAGAGAAAUUUACAAAAGAUCAUUUAAAAAAAAAACACGCCUAUAUUAUUGUUGUCCACCAGAGGGCCUCAGUGUGACUCAAGGAAAGGAACGCUGGGUUGACCAAGUUCACUUGGCAUCUGUUCCAGGGCAAAGUUUAAAUCUGUUUUGGUGUUUUUAUUUAUUUAUUUUUUUAAUAAAAAAGGGGGGUCAGUGAGCUGGAAGAACCUUGCAAGGUCAAACCCUUCAAAUAUCAAAUGGACUGAGCAGAAAAGCUGGCAAUACACUGAGCUCACUUCAUCAGGACUUCACCAAUAACCUGGCUGAAGAAGCAUCAGAAACACAGAAGGGCUCAUAGAACCAAUAGACCUGGUUUUACAGCAUGAAACUCCAUACAGACCCUACAUUGCACUUGUCACAUAUUAUAUUAAUAUUGUUCAUUUAUUUGUAAUAAGUCUGCUUAUUGGGGCAGCAGUGUGGAGUAGUGGUUAGGGCUCUGGACUCUUGACUGGAGGGUUGUGGGUUCAAUCCCAGGUGGGGGGACACUGCUGUUGUACCCUUGAGCAAGGUACUUUACCUAGAUUGCUCCAGUAAAAACCCAACUGUAUAAAUGGGUAAUUGUAUGUAAAAAUAAUGUGAUAUCUUGUAACAAUUGUAAGUCGUCUUGGAUAAGGGCGUCUGCUAAGAAAUAAAUAAUAAUAAUAAUAAUAAUAAUAUACUUUUACCUAUAUAUCAUUCUUCUUCUUAAACACCCACCAGUGUAGACUUACACAAUGCAGUAGCUGUGUGGCAAAGUGGUUUGCAGUGUGCAGGAAUAGCAGAAACAAGACGCAGUGAAAAUGUUUUAUUUGGCUGGUUGCUUGAUAGCAAAACAAUACGACUGGCCAUACACAGCCAGUCAAACCACGGGGUUGAGUCCUGAAAUAAUAAUGACAUGAACAAGACACACACAAACACAAACAGGGUCACAAAUCCACAGUGAGUGCUAUUAGUGUAAGUGUUGAAUUACAAGUUUAAACGUGUAGUCCGGGUUUGUUUGCUGGCUGUUUAGCUACAGCUCCCGGACUUUAGCCUUCGAUAAAUGACAAACGUGACAGUUUAAUAGAGAGACCAAACAAAACACAAAAACUCACCGUUUCUUUUUACAACACAGUAACGGGUCCUUUCGUAACCAUAACAAAGGAACAGACUGCUUCGCCACAUCCCCUGAUAUACCGUCAGUCACGCCCCCUUCGGUAGUGAGUCCAAUCAAGUCUCUUCCAAUCCAUGACUGACACAUCGACUACCGCAUUAAGGCGAUGACUUCUGGUAUUGUGGCCCCGCCCCCUUUCUGGAUGGCCGACUUCCGACUGACCCUGGAAUGAACUGCCAAACCACCCAGUCCGGGGCACUCUGCUCCGGUUACACAGCGCCCUCACUGGUCGGGAGGGAGAUUGUUGACUAGGAUUCAUUCGCUCUCCGUCACACCCUCCUACUGUGCACGUCAAAGCCAUUCAGUAAUGCAUUUUUUAACUUGCACACCAUCAGUGCAAAUAUGCUGUCAAUGGGAUUGAAAUAAACUGUAUGGCUGACAGAAAGCCAAUGCCACAUGGGAUUCUGUGACGUACCUCAGUUUAAUGCAUGUUUCAUUUGUCUUGCUUUCUGCAGAGAUAAAUAUACAGCACUGAGAUGGCAAUAAGACUCCUAUUGCAUAGCAGCUUCACCCAUUCCAGGUUUUAAUGCAAGCUUGAUUAGCCACAGUGUCUUAUUAAACUCACAGCAAAACCAGGAAUGGAGCUAACUGCUAUGCAAUGGGAGUCUUAUUGCCACCCCUGCACCACAUGUAACUCAAGCCAGUUAUAAACCAAAUACCUGCCUCAAAAUGAUUUGGAAGGCAUUUGAAUGCAAUUGCUGAUUCACUUGCUUUGCACAUGGAUACUGGGGUGUGGUUUCAUGCAGUGGUGUCGCUUUCUGGAAUUGCAUUUUCUCAAAAGUUUAUAUUGCAUAAUAAAUUGUUUAAUAGGGUACAUCCGUGUGAUUUACAGUCAUGCUGAGUCCUGAUCUGACGUGCAUUGUGGGACUCCUUUGACUUUAAAUGGUUGUUUUAGUUUAAUAUUGAUUUGGGGGGAAAGGGCACAGAGUGUUUGUUUAAUAAAUCAAUUCUGGGUCAGUGUCUUCU